UCUGUUCCGCCUCCUGUGGUGUCUCCCUGCCCUGCUUGCCCUUCUCCGCCGGCUGAUCCUGGAUUGCCCUGGGUCAUCGAGAUCUCGCCGGGAUCCGUGUCGCCGACGACCCGAACCUGGCCGGAAAUUGCCGUCGAUCUCGCCGGAACCAUGGCUUCCGGCAGAUUCAUGGCCUACUCCCCUUCUCCCUCCACCGCACCGCACUCCCCCCACAUCCCUGGCAUCCGCUCCGCCACCGGAGCCUUCGCCGAGCAGGAGAAGUAUCUCUCAGAGUUACUUGCUGAGCGUCAAAAGCUGAGUCCUUUUGUGCCCGUGCUUCCCCAUUGUUAUCGUCUACUGAACCAGGCAGAGAUAAUACGUGUUACAAUGCUCUUGGGAAAUGCAUCUCUUUUAGAUCAAAGUGGGCUUGAAUAUGGUAGCCCAAUGACUACUGGAGGAUUAUUUUCAAAUGGAGGAGCAAAUGAUAUGAAUGGAUGGGCAUCACCCUUCCAAUCUGAAAGGAUGGGACUGGUGCAGCCUUCUUCUGCACAUAGUUGGCUUGGCUCUGAAGGUAGCUCCUCAGGUCUUAUUGUGAAGAAAACCAUCAGGGUUGAUAUUCCUAUAGACAAAUUCCCUACCUUCAAUUUUGUUGGGCGGCUCCUUGGUCCUCGAGGAAACUCCCUAAAGCGAGUGGAGGCAAAUACUGAUUGUCGUAUACUGAUUAGAGGGAGAGGAAGCAUCAAAGAUCCCACCAAGGAGGAUAUGAUGAGAGGAAAACCAGGAUAUGAACAUUUGAACGAGCCACUUCAUAUACUGGUAGAGGCUGAACUGCCAGCAGAAAUUGUUGACACUCGUCUGAUGCAAGCUCGUGAAAUCCUUGAAGAUUUGUUAAAACCCGUGGAGGAGUCACAAGAUUUCUUUAAGAAGCAGCAGCUUCGAGAGCUUGCCAUGAUCAAUGGCACACUACGCGAGGAAGGGGGGCACAUGUCCGGUUCCGUCUCCCCCUUCCACAGUAGUCUCAGUAUGAAGAGAGCAAAGACAAGGGAGUAACAUGUUUGCCGAUUGGUAGGUCCUCUAUGUGGGGCCAUAUUCUACCUGCCUGCGGCAGCUAGUUUAUGUUGGGAUUGCUUGCCAGCAAGCAAUGCAUCCCCAUCGGAGGCGCUGGCACCAAGGUCGGUUCUAGCUCACUUCGUCGGUGUGUUUUUCUUCAGUUGGUGGGUUUGGUGAUAAUUAUGCAAUACCUAAUGUGAGAAUGUGUCGCUUAGCAAGUUGGGAAACUAGGGUAUGUCAUUGCAUGUGCUUUACUGCCAUGCAUGAAUUAAGGGGAAAUCAUAGAUGAGUACAUUGGUUCUGAAUAAUCUGAGUGUGUCCUCAAAAUGCUUUUGUAGUAUUCUGUAUGCAUGGUUUUAUCUUAUCGAAGACUCUGGUAACGGCAAUAUAUAAAUUAUUUCGUUAGCUACAAAA